AUGACAUUGCGUCUCACGUCCGCUCCGGUGUCUGGCGUUAAGAAACGAAAGGCUUCUGCUCCCAAACCCCGCGCCUCGCCUUUUGCUGCCCAUGCACGCACUAAACAGAUAUCUGGUCGGCCCAGCAGCCUGAAGCCGACGGCUGAUUCGGGAUUUGAUGACCCGCUUCCCGACAUAGGCGGGUCUCGAUUCAUAUCGCAGACUGCGCCAGUCCAGGAUGUUCUACAGGCUAUUCAGUAUAUUCGCGAUGGAAUGUUCGAGGAACUUCCAACGCGUGCAGGCAUGAACAGCACACGGAUUGCACAAGUUCUGAAUUUACGGCGCUCGUUGCCUCCACUAGCCUCUGUGGCCCAUGUCCAUACCCUCUUGGACGCCCCCACGCAAGUGGAAAGGGAGAUAGUCGAACAGAUCAAGGCCGGCCGGAUUCGUCGACUUAUCAUCCCUGGACGCGGCAAUGAUGCGGCAGGCCUGGGUGACUGUCUGGUAUUAGCAGAGGACUGGGAGAAGCUGGUGCAGGGAAGCUCUGAAUUAGAGCAACCGGUAAAAGAUAAAUUUAUUGAUAUCCUGAAACGGAUUGGGACCUCGUCGGCAAUAUCGCAGGGGGUCUUCACGACGGAUGAGUACAGGGCUCUGCUCCGUGCCGGAUUUAUCGUUUCCUCGUCGUCUUAUACGCAAGGCACUUUAAGUAUUGCCUCGCUGCCCAAUCUGCCGCAGAUGGCAUCUUCGUCAGCAAGCCGAAACGAGUCUAUUCCGCUUUCCGAGCGCCCAGUGCAAACCGCUGCUCAAGCUCGUGCUGCCACUCUCUUCCUAUCGCUACCUAAUACGGGCUCUUAUCUCCGCUUGCUAGGAUUAGGUCGCGCACAUAUGGUCGCUCUUCUUCGGCGAUCCGCUUCUGGCGAAGCCCCUCUAGGGUUGUUGAAAGACCGUUGGGAUGGAGCUGUUGAGACUGAGAAGAGCUUCCACGUAGCCAAGCGGGCUCGUGGCGAGUUCACCGGAGUCUUACCAGGUAAGACCAAGAAGUGGAAAGAGCUAUAUGGAAUGAGCUUUCGGUGGGCACUAGAGGAAGCACUAGGCGCGGGACUAGUUGAGAUGUUUGAGACUGGCAGCGUUGGACCUGGGGUCCGCUGCUUAUAG